AUGUCUAGCCUGAGGAAGGCCCUGGCGGUUUGGAUCAGCCUUGUCUCAGCAGCACCUCCUGCCUGUCUCGUGCAUAGACUCCGUGUGGGGGUAGCUGACUGGCCACUGUCUGCAGUGGGAGGUGGGUUGCUGAGGCGAGGAUUGACUCUUCUCACCUGUGAGGCUGACAUGAGUACAGAGAAUGCUGCUUCUCUAGAAACCAGACAGGUUUGUUUGCUUGCCAUAAUAAGGGAAAAUAGUGUCAUAUGUAGCAUUAAGAUGUUGGAUGCAUUUUCUCCCAGCCUGAAUAAUUAUAUAUGUACACAAAUAAGCAACUGUUACAUUCAAGGCUGGGAUUUUUCAAGACCCAAGUGGAGAAGCCUCCCACUUCCAGCAUCUCCCUCUGCCUUUGCAGUGGGAGGUGUGAUCAUCUCUCCGCACUUAUGGCCUUCUUUGUACGUUGGAAGUAUGUCGUGA